AGCUAUCACAUUUUCUGGUUUUUUUAUUAUAUAGGAAGGUUCAGCUUUUCAUGGCGGGCAAACCAAAUCCCAAAUCUCAUUUUAAAUUUCAAAUUUCAACUCACCAAAAGACAAAAGACCACUACACACCACGACUCAAAUUCUCAAAACCAGUCAUUCCGAAUCUCCUUUAUGUGCUCAACUUCUAGAGCGAGAAACUUCUAGAGAGAGAAACCGAUGGACGAGAAGUUGAUACAGCGGUUGGAAUCCGCCGUAGCACGGCUGGAAUCACUAUCUCUUCCUUCACAAUCAUGAUCUAUCGACGUUAAUGCGGUUGCCGAUUCCACGGAUCCAUCGAUCAUCGCAUUUGAAGAUCUUUUGACGGAAUUCGUCGGCAAGGUGUUGACUGCUGCCAUGAAAUCGAGAUUCGUGAUACUGAUCUUGAGUUCUGGAAAUCUUUGUUUCUUCCUGUUGCAUUGGCACAUACAAUUGGUCAUGUAGCAGCAACUGUAAGCAUGUCUAAGGUUGCAGUUUCUUUCACUCACAUAAUCAAAAGCGGUGAACCUGCUUUUAGUGUUUUGGUUUCAAGGUUUAUUUUAGGUGAAACAUUCCCAACAUCGGUUUACUUGUCUCUUUUACCGAUCAUCGGUGGUUGUGGUCUCGCCGCCCUUACUGAGCUCAACUUCAACAUGAUUGGCAAUUUCAUAACUUGAACACUGUUUUAUGGGGGCUAUGAUAUCCAGUUUGGCAUUUGUGUUUAGGAACAUAUUUUCUAAAAGUGAGAAGGCAUUAGAGAUGCUGGUGUAUGCUCAUGAGACGCAACAUGAAAAAAAUCAUAAGGCGUGAAAGAAGAAGGUACAAGCACUAAGCAAGCGGAAGGAGCACAAGAUCGAGAUGGCUGAUGCAAGAAAUAUCAAUGAUGAUAACAAUGAUGCGGUUAGACAAGAAGCAUUCGAAAACAGAGUCACGGAAGUAGCGGAAGGGGUUAUGCAAGCCAAUCUACCUCGGUUAGCUCAAGAAGUAGAAAGCCGAGUUCUGGGGGUUGUGGAUGCUAUGAUGACGAGUAGGUUCGAAGAGUUGAAAGAAUUAAUCGAAGGAUCCAAGAGUAGAGGUAAGGAACGAAGGUGCACUUACAAGGAUUUUAUGGCUUGUCAUCCGACGACGUAUGACGGUAAAAUAGAUCCUAUUGAAUGUCAAAGAUGGAUCUCGAAUAUAGAGGCGGUCUUUAUACGGAGCCGGUGUGAUAAGGAGGAUCAAGUGAUGUUCGCUACCGGUUUACUAACCCAUCAAGCGAAGGAUUGGUGGGAUGCUCACAGCAAGGAGGUAGGCGAAGACAGACUGCAAGCUAUGACUUGGCAAGAGUUCAAGGGGCCCUUCAUGAGAUAUCAUUGCCCUCAGUCGGCGAUCGACAAGAUUCAGGAGGAUUUCUUACGCCUCCGGCAGAAAAACGAAUCAGUGAAUGAAAUAGCAAACAAUUUUAUGGAUAAGAUGAAGUUCUGUGGAGAAUUGGUAACAACCGAGAGAAUGAAGAUAAGUCGCUUCUAUGGUGUGUUAAAAGCAGAAGUUAGAGAGUUCAUCACUCCCUCGAAAUGCGAAACUCUUGAAGAGCUCAUUGAUUUAGCACGGGAUAGAGAGAUCGAAAUUAAAAGGCAAGAGGAGCGAGGUGAAAAGAGGCCGAGUGAAAAGGGUGCAAGUUUUAGUCCAUCCAAAAAGGGGAAGUUUCAGGAUCAAGGAAGAAAGGGUAAGUCGAAGGGUGGGAUUACACCAUGCAAGACAUGUGGGAAGCUCCAUACCGGAGAGUGUUUGCUAGGUAAGAAGGGGUGCUUUAAAUGUGGUAAGGAGGGGCAUUCGUCCUAUCAAUGCCCGGAUAACCCAAAGACUUGUUUCAACUGUUUCGAAAAAGGGCAUAUCAAGUCGGAAUGUCCAAAGCUUCAACAAGGGUCAAAGAAAGAAGAUAAGAAGCAAGAGGGUUCCAGGACAAAGGGGAGAAUGUAUCAGAUCACGUCUGAAGAAGCCAAGUCCCAACCAAAUGUGGUUUCAGGCGUGAAAGAAGAAGGUACAAGCACUAAGCAAGCGGAAGGAGCACAAGAUCGAGGUAAAGCACCUCUAUAGGCGAUUUGGAGUUACGGGACGAGCACAUGUUCAAGCCUUAAAAUACCAAACGCUUCCGCAACUCAUAUGCAAACUUUUGGGUCUUUGUUUUGCCACUUUGUAGACUUUGUUGAAGUGUUUUAGAUUUAAAAACUUGUUACUUUUGUUGGAAUGGUUUUUAUGUAAAUUGGGUCGUAGGUAAAUGUUGUAUGUUAUGUAAAAACAGGGAGUAUGUCCGUUUUACAAACGGGUCAUGCCCAAUUUUUGUAAAAAUUCCCUUAAGCGUCAAAGUGGUAUUUCAAUUCUCC